AUGGAUAAGCUCAGAGAGGGUAUUGUCAAUAAGGCGUCUCUCAUCCUCCUGUUGCUCGCUACCGUUGAGUCUCUCCCUGUCCCGGCACCAAACCAAGAAACAACUGUGCUACACACAAAAACAAAAGCAUCAUCUCCUCCACAAGUACCAAGUCAAGCACCCACUCUACCAUACACAAAAACACAAGCACCAACUCCACCACCAACACAAAAUCCAGCACCAACUGUACCAUACACAAAAACACAAGCACCAACUCCCCCACCAGCACCAAGUCCAGUACCAACUGUACGAUACACAAAAACACAAGCACCAACUCCACCAUCAGCACCAAGUCCAGCACCAACUGUACUAUACACAAAAACACAUGCACGAACUCCACCACCAGCACCAAGUCCAGUACCAACUGUACGAUACACAAAAACACAAGCACCAACUCCACCAUCAGCACCAAGUCCAGCACCAACUGUACUAUACACAAAAACACAUGCACCAACUCCACCACCAGCACCAAGUCCAACACCAACUCCACCACCAGCACCAAGUCCAGCACAAACUCCACCACCAGCACCAAGUCCAGCACCACCUGUACUAUACACAAAAACACAUGCACCAACUCCCCCACCAGCACCAAGUCCAGUACCAACUGUACGAUACACAAAAACACAAGCACCAACUCCACCACCCGCACCAAGUCCAGCACCAACUGUACUAUACACAAAAACACAUGCACCAACCCCACCACCAGCACCAAGUCCAGCACCAACUCCACUACCCACACCAAGUCCAGCACCAACUCCACCACCAGCACCAAGUCCGGCACCAACUGUACCAUACACAAAAACACAAGCCCCAACUCCACCACCAGCACCAAGUCCAGUACCAACUCUACUAUACACAAAAACACAAGCACCAACUCCACCACCAUCACCAAGUCCAGCACCAACUGUACUAUACACAAAAACACAUGCACCAAAUCCACCACCAGCACCAAGUCAAGCACCAACUGUACUAUACACAAAAACACAAACACCAAGUCCACCACCAGCACCAAGUCCAGCACCAACUGGACCAUACACAAAAACACAUGCACCAACUCCACCACCAGCACCAGGUCCAGUACCAACUGUACUAUACACAAAAACACAUGCACCAACUCCCCCACCAGCACCAAGUCCAGCACCAACUCCACCACCAGCACCAAGUCCAGUACCAACUCUACUAUACACAAAAACACAAGCACCAACUCCCCCACCAGCACCAUGUCCAGCACCAACUGUACCAUACACAAAAACACGAGCACCAACUCCACCACCAGCACCAAGUCCAGUACCAACUCUACUAUACACAAAAACACAAGCACCAACUCCUCCGCCAGCACCAAGUCCAGUACCAACUGUACUAUACACAAAAACACGAGCACCAACUCCACCACCAGCACCAAGUCCAACACCAACUCCACCACCAGCACCAAGUCCAGCACAAACUCCACCACCAGCACCAAGUCCAGCACCACCUGUACUAUACACAAAAACACAUGCACCAACCCCACCACCAGCACCAAGUCCAGCACCAACUCCACUACCCACACCAAGUCCAGCACCAACUCCACCACCAGCACCAAGUCCGGCACCAACUGUACCAUACACAAAAACACAAGCCCCAACUCCACCACCAGCACCAAGUCCAGUACCAACUGUACGAUACACAAAAACACAAGCACCAACUCCACCACCAUCACCAAGUCCAGCACCAACUGUACUAUACACAAAAACACAUGCACGAACUCCACCACCAGCACCAAGUCCAGUACCAACUGUACGAUACACAAAAACACAAGCACCAACUCCACCACCCGCACCAAGUCCAGCACCAACUGUACUAUACACAAAAACACAUGCACCAACUCCCCCACCAGCACCAAGUCCAGUACCAACUGUACGAUACACAAAAACACAAGCACCAACUCCACCACCCGCACCAAGUCCAGCACCAACUGUACUAUACACAAAAACACAUGCACCAACUCCACCACCAGCACCAGGUCCAGUACCAACUGUACUAUACACAAAAACAAAUGCACCAACUCCACCACCAGCACCAAGUCCAACACCAACUCCACCACCAGCACCAAGUCCAGCACGAACUGUACCAUACACAAAAACACAAGCACCAACUCCACCAUCAGCACCAAGUCCAGCACCAACUGUACUAUACACAAAAACACAUGCACGAACUCCACCACCAGCACCAAGUCCAGUACCAACUCUACUAUACACAAAAACACAAGCACCAACUCCACCACCAACACAAAAUCCAGCACCAACUGUACCAUACACAAAAACACGAGCACCAACUCCACCACCAGCACCAAGUCCAGUACCAACUCUACUAUACACAAAAACACAAGCACCAACUCCACCACCAACACGAAGUCAAGUACCAACUGUACUAUACACAAAAACACAUGCACGAACUCCACCACCAGCACCAAGUCCAGCACCAACUCCACCACCAGCGGUCCAUUUGAUACGAUUGUUUAUUAGCAGUUUUAGUAUGUUUAGAGAGUUAUGGGCAAUAGUAUACCUCUAA